CAAUUAACGGUCGUUAUUGGGACUGUUAUGCAUCACAAAAAUAUGGUUUAGCUAAUGAUUAGUACCGAGUUGUCAUAAUGCAAGAAAUUUCAGAAAAACAUGAGGUUGUAGCGGCAGAAGGUGAUGAAAGUGGAAACUCAACGGAAGAGAAAGCAGGACCCGGUUCAGCCCGUGCAACACAGUCCGAUUCUGGAAAUGAUGUCCAAAGAUUUUUGAUGAUAGAUCAUGGUGAAGAUAUUAUCAAACAGCUGAAUGAUGUUAGCCGGGAAUACAAGCGCCAGGUGGGUGAGUUGGCCCAGGAAGUGGAUCUGUUGUGGCAUGUGCUGCGCACGUUCAUGAUGAUGUUCGGACCCCUGCUGGUGGGCGUGGUCGUCCUGAUCAUGGCUAAAUGCACGCUACCCAAGGGAGGCCAUCAGCUGAUCGAUUUAAACAAUAUCGUGACAUCACUUUUCGUUGGAAUGUUCACCGUCCUGGUCAGCAUCCGAUACCGCCCAUUCCACUCGGCCAUCGAGAAGUACCUCACCUUCAGGAAGUCGAAGCGCGCUGCCAGCAGUGAUGUGGACACCACAGCUCCACAGACUGAGGCGCGAACCUCGGACAGCGAAGCAUCCACGGUCCAGGCCACCGAGGAGAAGGAGGAAAGCAAAAACACCACGCCAACCUCACAGGAGGUCGGGAAACCCAAGUCAGAGUCCGAGUAUUUCGAUAUGCUGCCAGAUCCAAAUACUCUUUAGGUCGGACAUCAGUAAACUGGUCAAAGUUC